AUGGCUGAAAGGAAAGUAUUAAACAAAUAUAUUCCACCGGAUUACGAUCCGGACUUGAUGAUGAGGAACAGGGAACUACUGCGCAAACACGGUUAUAUGUCUGACACCAAGACUUCAAUUAGGAAGGAUGUAUUGGAUCUGAACCCAAAACUGAUGAACAUAAGAAUGAUGUUUCCUUUCACCUUUCGCUGCUCCUCCUGUAAAGACUUCACGUACGUGGGCACCAAAUUCAAUUCAAGAGCCGAAAAAUUGUACGAAGAGACAUAUUUGGGUAUUGUUAAGUGGAGAUUUUACGCCAAAUGCCCGACAUGUAAAGCCCCUAUUGUAUUCAAAACCGAUCCUAAACAUGGAGACUAUACCCUCGAGUCAGGUGGGAUUCGCACUUAUGAUCCCAAUAGGGAUGCCAUUUUGGCUGCUGGAGAACUCAAGAAAACAGAGGAAGAGGAGCAGCAGGAGGAGGAAGAUAAGAUUAUGCACAAGGCAAAUAUCGCAUUGAAGGAAUAUCAGGAUUAUGAGAGACUUGCUGAACUUAAACGCGUAGCUGGGAGGGCCCAGGAUAGAGAAGUGGCGGCUGCAAAGGCCCUGUUCGACAUACAAACAAAAGAUGAAAAUGAACCUUCAUUGGAGAUAAUUAAUCAAUUCAAAGAGGAACAGGAAAACAUGCUAAGGAAGAUUCUAAAUGUAGAACCAGGCGAUUCUGUUGAAAAUAGCGACAAGGAAUCCCCGACUAAUACUAAUGAAAAAAUCUCUCAGCCCCAAAAUACCGCCGAUAAAUCAGAUAUUCAUGAGGAUAAUGUUGACUUUGAGCACAUAAAAAAUGAACCAUUUUUAUUGGGAUCAUCGCUGAAGAAGCAGUCUGGAGAAACCGCCCUAAAUUCAAAUUUGGCUGUAUCUAUAAAGAAGAAACAAAAGAUCAUCAAUCCAUUUGCCGGUUAUGAUAGUGACUAA